AUGGCGUCCUCCUCCUCACCCGCCGCAAACGACGGCGGGAACAGAUCCAACCGCGACGCUCUUCCGCCGCCUGCGGCGGCGGUCUACGCCAGGGAUCUUUACCGCGACCCAGCCAUCCGCCGUUCCUUCCUCCGGCGCGGGGCGCCCUUCCUCUGCCGCGCUGCGAUUUGGGGUCUGUCCGUCUCCCUCGUCUUCGCGAGCCUCUCCGCCCUGAUGUGGAUGGUCCUGCGCCCGUCCUUCCCCCAGAUCCGCGUGGUCUCCGCCGCCAUCUCCGCCGUGUCCUUCACCGGCGGCGCCUCCUCCGCCUCGGCGGGCUGCAACGUCACCUUUCUCCUCACGAACCCAAACCGUAACCUCCAAACCGUUUACAAAACGAUGGAAAUCGUGCUGUUCUACCCAUCCCAGCAGGUUCUGCUUUCAGAGAAUUCCCGCCCGCCGUUUGUCCAGCGUCAGCUGAGCCAAAUCACCAUUGAAACAGAGCUUAGUUUUAAGCGCGGUGAUUUGGGGAUUGAAACGGUUGAGUCGAUUAAAAGGGAUUUAGACAGUGGGAGUUUGAGCCUGGAGAUUAAGGUUUUAGCAGUUGUGAGGUAUAAAAAUGGGAGGUGGAAGACAAAGUCUCAACACAUGAGGACUUACUGUGGUGGUGUGAGCUUCGGGUUCAUUUCGAGUAAAAGGCCCGGUAUUUUCUUGAACCCAUAUCAAGAAUGCGAGGUUUACUUUUGA